UGAAUAUUUCUGACAGAAGCUACAUGUUUCUGCAAAUAUUUUUAAUAUCGUUUAAAAUAUUUUUCUAGUGCUUCAUUUUUAUUUUGCGACCUGAUUUGAUAAAGUUUUAUAGGAUAAACAUCUAUAUUGUAAUGACGACAUAGUAACAUUUAUUCAAUAGAAGAGACUUAUAAAUUAUCUCAAGAUGUCUGAUAUGAUAAUAAAUGAUUCUGUUCCUGUGGAUAAAAAAUGGAAUGAAUUGAUAAAAUACAAUAUUUUUAUUAUGAAGUUGGUUGAAUUUGCAAUAUCAACGGUAAUCACUAUAUUACCAAAAAUUAUCCCAAAACCAAGGGGACAUAUGUAUUGUAUAUCAACUGGUCCUACUCUAGUUAUAUCAUUGAUAUUUAUAAUUCUUUACAUACGCAGAAAAGUUCCCUUAUUUAUGGAAAAAAUGUAUUUGUUCUUUCAAAUACUAUUUACAUUUGGUGCAUUUGUUCAGUGUUUUUUAUUGAAUCUUGUCAGGGUGUGGUUAUGGUUAAUCUAUGGGGUGUUCUAUUUUGCCCUUUUAACAGCUUUAUCAUUAGAUUUAUUUUUGAUUGCUAAUGAAAGAGGUUGUACAUUUAGUUGUGCCUGAGCUGUGUAUAAAUUAUAAUUUUUAUAAAUAUAAUAUGUCUACCACAAUAAUGUCUUUUUAUGAAUAAUAAUCUCUUUGAUGAUAGGUAAUGAAUCGUAAAAAUCCGAAUAACAACUCAUCAAUAGCACUUGCCUACUAGGCAGUUGUCAAGCUGACAUUGACGUUUCUACAUAUAACUAGCUUUUUUGUAAUUGUUUACGUCUUUGUUUACCUACUUUAAAUGUGAUGAUGUUGAGAAUAAAUAAAAUUAAUAGAAAAACGUGAUAUGAACAUUUCGUAUUACAUUUACAGUAUAAUUUAUUAACAUCUAUAUUUUUUAUCUAUAUUUAUCUUUAUUCCAUUGCAAGUACAUAUGGUAAGAUUUUAAUGAAUACACUGGAGUAUCAUGGUACUUUCGCUACUCCUCAAUAUAUUACCUCAUGCAGUGGAACCGGUGGAUCUCAUGCAUUGCCUGGUCGCGGGGCCCACCGUCAUGCUGUCCUUUCAUUUGAUGGUACUAUACCUCGUGGACCAGGUACAGAAUGAGACAGAGAUGUUAUACCUUGUCAUAGAAUUCUUCAUGACGAUAUUAGCAAUAUUCAAUCUAUUUAUUUGUGGUAAACUAAGGGGAGCUAUUUAUGGGCUUUUUUAUUUUGAUCUCUUGAUCGCCUUUGGAUUGGACUUCCAUUAUGUUUAUAAAGAACGAGGUAUUCAUUUUUAACUCACUACAGAAUGACAAAUUAUUUUCAAAGCUUCUGGAUUGAAGGGAAACGACGAUAAUAGUCGAAAGCUGAUAAAAAUUUCCGUUGAUAAAUAAAACGAUUUGACGCACACCAUAAUGAGUAGUAAAAAUUGUUUGUGUAAACUGCGUAAGUUUAUUGUGUUUUCCUUAUUGAAAAUACUGUGGAAAAUACCUAUGGCCGUGUGCAAUAGACUAACGAGGAUGACUUUGCGAGAACUGCUGUGGCUUGUUUUAAUAGUGUUUAUAUUAAUUGUAUUUUGGACUUAUGAACAAGAAGAAAAAUAUGAAUCGCCUUCAAACCCAGUCAUAGUUUGGUGGACCGAUGGUUUCCCUGGAACAUCAGGGACCACAUUUUGUCCAGAAAAAUUGAAAUGUGAAGUGUUCUGCGAUAAAAGUACUCGAGAUAGUGAUGCAUACUUAUUUUAUGGUAGCAAUAUCAAUAUAGAAGAUCUGCCUUUGCCUAGACACGCAAAUAAGAUUCUUUGGGGGUUGUAUCACGAAGAAUCGCCGAGAAACAUCGAAGAGCUACUACAUGAAGAAAUGUUGAACCUUUUUAAUUUGUCGUCAACAUUUAGUCGGCAUAGUGACGUGCCAUUUCCUUUACAGUAUUUAAAUUCUGCAAAAGAUGUAACAAGCACGGAAUAUUUUGUCGAAACUUCCAUAAAGAACAAAUAUUUAAAUGAUAUAGCUCCGAUUAUGUACCUUCAGUCCGACUGUGAGACUUCUACUGAAAGAGAUAAGUAUGUGAAAGAGCUAAUGAAACUAAUAAAAGUAGACUCGUAUGGGUUAUGUUUGAAUAAUAAGGAGUUGCCUUCGAAAUUUACGGAGGAUUAUUUGAACAAUUUGGAUAAUCAGGAGUUUUUGCGAUUCGUCGCUCGGUACAAGUUCGUAAUCGCUAUAGAAAAUGGUGUUUGUGAUGAUUACAUUACGGAGAAAUUUUGGCGCGCGAUUAGAGUCGGUUCUGUGCCAAUUUACUUCGGAUCGCCGUCUGUAAAGGACUGGUUUCCUAACACUGAUUCUGCUGUGUUAAUAAAUGAUUAUCCCACGCCAGAGGUUCUGCACAAUCAUAUUAAACUGCUAUUGGAAAAUGAUACGUUAUAUGAGGGUUAUUUAGAACAUAAGACGAAACAAAUAAUAACUAAUAAAAAACUAGUAGAGGAAUUAAGAUUGAGGUCAUAUCAACUUGAUGCUUUGGCGACCGUUAAGAAAUUCGAAUGCUUAGUUUGCAAGAAACUCCACCAGAAGAGCGAAAAGGUCAGUAUUGUAGGCAAAAAGCACUAUAAUUGCCCCAAACCUAUAUCAGCAUUAACACAGUCUGUCAAUCCGAGAAAUGAUUGGGUAUAUUCAUGGCAAGCAGCGAAGGAAAGAGUAAAAAAAUUAUACAAAAAUAUAACUGAACAAUAAUAUAUUUGUAUGUUAAUAUAUUUUUAUAUUGCUUUUUAGA